GUUCAUCGAUGGCUUUUCAUAUCAUCAGCGCGUAAACGUCAAUGAUACAGUAUUGCAAAUUGUCAAAGAUGAUUUAAUAACAACCGUCAGAACGUUCCAUAUUUUCUGCGCGCAGUCCUGUCCUUCUGGAUUGUGUAGCUCCGAAGGCAAAUGGGAGUUUCCAGGAAGUAGCCAUAUUGGAAGCGCAAUCAAGCUUGUUCCACUGUGUCAGCUAGUUUACAGAGAGAGUGAGACGAGGGCAGUUUCCUUUCGCCCAGAUCGGCAUUAAAACGCAUACAUUUCGAGCCAUGGCUGCUACGGACGUAGACAUAUUUUCUAAUGAAGAAAAGCGUAAUCUCAGUUUGGGUGGCCAUGUUGGUUUUGACAGCCUUCCCGAUCAGUUGGUCAGUAAAUCGGUGACACAGGGUUUCUGCUUCAAUAUCCUCUGUGUAGGGGAAACGGGUAUUGGCAAGUCGACGUUAAUGAAUACGCUUUUUAACACAAUGUUUGAGAAUGAGGAGGCCAGCCACUACCAGAAUGGCGUGUGUAUGCGGCCCAGAACAUAUGACCUCCAGGAGAGCAACGUCCACCUCAAGCUGACUAUUGUGGACACUGUGGGGUUCGGGGACCAGAUCAACAAAGAGGAGAGUUAUAAACCGAUAGUGGACUAUAUCGACACACAGUUUGAAAAGUACCUCCAGGAAGAGCUGAAAAUCAAGCGCUCCCUCUUCAACUACCACGACGGGAGGGUCCACAUCUGUCUGUACUUCAUUGCUCCCACGGGGCAUUCGCUGAAGUCUUUGGAUUUAGUUACCAUGAAGAAACUGGACAGCAAGGUGAAUAUAAUCCCCAUCAUCGCUAAAGCCGAUACAAUCUCCAAGAGCGAGCUCCAUAAAUUCAAGAUUAAAAUCAUGAGUGAGCUGGUGAGCAACGGCGUGCAGAUCUAUCAGUUCCCCACAGAUGACCACGCAGUCACAGAGAUCAACUCCUCCAUGAAUGCUCACCUCCCAUUCGCUGUGGUGGGGAGCGUCGAGGAGGUUAAAGUGGGAAACAAAACGGUGAGGGCCAGGCAGUACCCCUGGGGAGUAGUACAAGUGGAGAACGAGAGCCACUGUGACUUUGUGAAGCUGCGUGAGAUGCUGAUCAGGGUGAACAUGGAGGAUCUGAGGGAGCAGACUCACGCCAGACACUACGAGCUCUACCGCCGCUGCAAACUGGAGGAGAUGGGCUUCACAGACACAGACCCCGACUGUCAGCCGUUCAGUCUCCAGGAGACCUAUGAGGCCAAGAGGAAAGAGUUCAUGGGAGACCUGCAGAAGAAAGAGGAGGAGAUGCGACAGAUGUUUGUCAACAAAGUGAAGGAGACUGAGGCAGAGCUGAAAGAGAAGGAGAGAGAGUUACACAACAAGUUUGAGCAGCUGAAGCACAUGCACCAGGAGGAGAAGAGGAAGGUGGAGGAGAAGAGGCGAGACCUGGAGGAGGAAAUGAACGCCUUCAACCGCAGGAAAGUGGCAGCUGAGACAUUGUCCUUAGCCCAGCCACUCAAGAAGGACAAGGACAAAAAAAAAUCGGUGAAGAAGGAGAACCAGUCUGGGGUGAGUCUCUCCAACUCCAAGGUAAUGAUGGCCAAGGCCAGUGUGGAGCCUUUGAAAUGUGACAGCUGGUGGCAGGCCAUACAGUGCUGCACCUGCCUGGUCCACAAUGCUACCUGGAAGCAAGGCCUCUUCUGAGUCUCAGGACCCAUGGUGGGAAGGUGGGGAUGUCUAGAGAUCAACAGGGCAUGGAACUGCAAUCAUACAGAAAAAUGGAGACCAAAAUGACUACAUAUCCACCCACCGUUUCAUUCAUUCAAUCAUCACCAAUUCAUAUCGAUCAUGGACAAUUUCCCACUUCUUCCCUUUACCAGCCAUUCCCAUAUUACAUUGCAAUGUUAGUAACCCCCCCCCCCCCCCCAAUGUGUUACGGUGGAAAGUAUGUGCCAAUAUCCCUAUAGAAUCCCCAUUGUGAUUUGAAAGACAAUGGAGACAUGACUACACCAAAUCACAUUUUAUUGGAUGCAUACACUUUAUUUAAGUUCAAUUGCAAGGUACAUUUUCAGGGGAAUGUAAUUGUGAAAUACUUAUUGUUGGAAAGUAUUUAUUUGAAAAGUAUUAAGAGGAAAUUUAUUUGUAUUUUACUAGAAUUUUUUUUAUGUAUCAUGUUUUUUGUUGUUGUUCUACAAUACUUUUUGUAUUUUGUAAUAAUAUUACCUAUUGUGAGCUAGGACAAUAUGGAAUAGUUCUUAUGGAUUACACUAUAAUCUACACACAACUAACUGGUGGUCAUCAACCUCUGAAAUAUUUUAGUAUUCAACGCAAUGUUAUGUUGUUAUAAUUUGAGGACAUUUUUCCUUUGGCCCUGGUUUGAAACAACACUAAUUCACACAGACAGAAUUCUAUUCCAGAGUGUUUUGGCCAAUGGUUGUGGUUUGUGAAGAUAACAUUGCAGAGACGUCUUACAUUAAAACAAAGAAAGAUUUAAGAUGGAAAUAACUAUUACUAAAGGAUUAAAUAUGUCUGGUAGUGCAAUUAGUAUUUACCGCUUAUUUGACUUCCAGUUUGUAGAGUGUAGUAUAAAGUAUGGAUCUUUCCAAGAAGUCAAACUCCAGUGUGCCAAAUCUGAAAAUAUGCAGCAUGGAAUUCAACUACACUAAAUGUGCAUACCUGACCGCAUGGUAAUAUUCCAGUUCAUCUAGGCCAGUGGUAUUCGAAGUCUGGGUUGUGACCCCAGGGGGAACUGCAGUGGGGUUGCCAAAAUUAUGAUAUACAGUUUUUUUGGAACCAAAAAUGAAGAGUACAGAUUAUUGUAUGGGACAAUAUACAAAUGUUUUUGAGAAAGAUAAUUAGAAAAAUGCUAUUUCAUUUAGUAAAUAUACAUUUACAUUUAAGUCAUUUAGCAGACGCUCUUAUCCAGAGCGACUUACAAAUUGGUGCGUUCACCUUAAGACAUCCAGUGGAACAGCCACUUUACAAUAGUGCAUCUAAAUCUUUUAAGGGGGGGGGGGGGGGUGAGAAGGAUUACUUUAUCCUAGCCUAGGUAUUCCUGAAAGAGGUGGGGUUUCAGGUGUCUCCGGAAGGUGGUGAUUGACUCCGCUGUCCUGGCGUCGUGAGGGAGUUUGUUCCACCAUUGGGGGCCAGAGCAGCGAACAGUUUUGACUGGGCUGCGCGGGAACUGUACUUCCUCAGUGGUAGGGAGGCGAGCAGGCCAGAGGUGGAUGAACGCAGUGCCCUUGUUUGGGUGUAGGGCCUGAUCAGAGCCUGGAGGUACUGAGGUACUGAAUAAAUAAAUAUAUUUAUUGGUUUCUUUUCAUUUUGAUAAGAGAUGAAAAUGUAAUGAAUUAAAGGUUAUUGGUUGAUGUAAAAAUCGGAAUAUACCGGUUUAAGGUCGUGCCAUUAGAUUUGGGGUGGGUUUGCAAGUAAUUCUUAUAGAAAAAAAUGGGUUCCCUAGAAAUUCUGGCAGAAAAAAAAUGGGGUUCCCGCUGAAAAAGUUUGAAUACCACUGAUCUAGGUUAUGCGUUUUGUUAAGAUUGUACUUGGGAGUGGAUUAGACUAAUUCUAUAUCAAAUGGCUCUCCCUUUGUUAGCAACCAGGGUUCUACUUUACAGUCAGAUAAGUGCCUUGGCCUGAUCUAUGAUCUACAGAGCACUCAAUCCCCAUGUUUUAGACGACAGCUUUCCAAUGGUGUCAAGUGUGGACAGAGACAUAUCACAGGGGGGCACAAGUCAAAUCAAUGCACAAUUUAUAGGACCAAUUCUCCAAGGGGGGAGAAGUUCACAAUGGACAUCUUUGACGAGAUGAAGUGUGUGUGUCCCUUGUGCUUUUCUACUGCUGUGUGAGCCCGUCAAAGCAGCGAGGACGUUUUAACGGCUACUUACCAUGCAAAGGAAGUCAAUUGGUGUCGUGGCGUACAGGUCCCAGUUCAGCUCAUCUAGUAUAAAACUCUCCAUGCAAAGAAUCUCAGCUAUUGAAAAGUUGCAUCCGCUCUGCACAACAAGGUCCUUGACUGACCCAAUCACCUGCUUCAACAGACAGGAACAAGGAAGCCAAUAAAUGUAUUGUAUUAAACAAACAUUGUGUUGUUUUUUGAUCGAUUAUAAGAAAGAAUACACUUGUUCUGUGUUUACUGUUAUGCUAUGUUUUGAUGUUAAAUUUACAAGAGAUUAAAAAAUCCCACCUCA